AUGACUCAACAACCAAAUUUCAAUGAACGUAUUCAGGUCGAUACAAGCGACGAAGAUUCCAUCUUCGAAACCGACUCACUCCUAGACUCCAAUCUCUCAUUCGCCUCGUCAAUCAGAGACUACUGCUACGAAAAUGGCCGCCGCUACCACGCAUACCGCCCCGGCCAAUACCCAUUCCCAAAUGACCAAGAAGAACAAGAGCGCCUUGCUCUAAUGCACCACCUCUUUAAAAUGCUCACAGGUGGCGACCUUUAUCGCGCCCCGAUCCCGAGAGACACAGAACCAAACACAGAAACAGGAACAGGAACAGGAACGCGAACACAAACAUGCCCGCCCCGCCGCUUCUUGGACAUUGGUACCGGUACGGCGGAGUGGGCCGUGGAGAUGGCAGAGGCCUUUCCCAAUGCCGAAGUUAUCGGCACAGACCUCAGUCCCAUCCAGCCGACCUGGUCGCCGCCAAACUGCCGCUUUUUCAUCGAUGAUAUUGAGAGUGACUGGGCCUAUUCUCCUAGUGAGGCGUUCGAUUAUAUACAUGCACGGUCUAUGGGCGGUGGGGUGGCCGAUUGGCCGCGGCUGCUCCGCCAGGCGUUUCAACACUUGAAGCCAGGUGGAUGGGUGGAGAUUCAGGAGUUUGAGACUAUUGCAUCUUCAGACGAUGGCUCGCAUAAUGAGGCAAAGCUUCUCAAUCAGUGGCUGGAGCGCUUGACCAGCGCCAGCAUUCAAUUUGGGAAACCGGUUAAUCAUGCACGACAGGUUGCAACUUGGAUGGAGGAAUGUGGGUUUCAAAAUGUUACCGAUGAUACGUACAAGUGUCCUAUUGGUGGUUGGGCUAAGGACCGCCGGCUUAAGGAAAUCGGUCGUAUCGGGCGAGUUAGUAUCAUCGAGGCUGUUGAGCCGUAUACAUUGGCGCUGUUCACACGGAUACUGGGUUGGAAGUUACAGGAAGCACAGGAGUUCAUGGACCGAGUGCGAAAGGAGAUGGCCAACAACAAGUACCAUGUCUAUGUAUUUUUCCACUUUAUCUAUGGACAGCGACCCAUGGAGACUGAGACUGAUCAGACCCAGACUCCCGUGGAAAGUCUUACUUGA